AUGGAUGCGAAGCCCACCAUGCGUCUUCUAAAUUUCAUUCUUCUUCACGUCGCAGUUCCCUCUGCGGGCCCGGCAAUAGGCGUCUGGGGAGACGAGUGGCGGAACUUGCCUGUAGGUACGAUGACUGUCACUGGUGGAACGCGGGACGACUGGGAUACACGGGGCAUGGCAUUGCAGAAAGAGAUCGCGGACAUACGGGCAAGCACUGUGGCAAGUGACGAUGCAAUAAGCUUCUCGGUCACUUACCUCUUCGACGCAGCCAUCGCCUUGUCGAUUUCCAAAGCCGUGCAAAGUUCUAGCACCUCCAUUCCGGAAGACACUUAUGUCACUAUUGACCCUGCCCUCAUAGGGCAAGAUAGGUUCCGCACACCCCAGUACAACAACGUCGGGCAACUCGCCACCGGAGUUUGCUGGGUGCCCAUCAAGAUACCUAUCAAAGUCGGGGAGGAAAAGAACGCCGAGCGCGACCAGCUCAUUCACAUGCUGACGGCAAUCCAGGAACAGUACUCACACUUCGUCUCAAACCCAAACCUGCCGCACCUGAAUGCAGCCGAAACGGGAGGGAUGAACCCAGAAGCCCUUUUGCGUGUAGUAGGGGAGAACAAGAAACCAACAAGCACAAACAUCGGCAGGGUCGAGGACGUCAUCAAGGCGGAUCCAAAGCUAGUGAAGCCGUUGUCCCUCGCCAUCGGCCAUAGGAUAACAUGGAAGCAACCGUAAGUGCAGCGUAAGACAUUUCAGUACUUGACGAGGGGUUUGACAUCGAGCAACAGAAGCUAUCACAUCUGGAACAUCGACUCUGUUAUGCAUCUGCAAGUUCAGGUAAGCAGCAUAGAACAUUUCCCUAACCACAAGGCUGAUCAUCCCUGAUACGCCCAGUUCACGGAUGUCUGGGACGAGUCAGCGAUGAAACGCCAUAUGGCAGAUGUCAAGAGCAGCAUGAUCGCCUUCAUACAGUAGUAGUACCCACCGUGUGUACCAUAGGCGUCCCCCGACUACUACCAUUGUCCCGAUAUCCAUGAACUUCCUCGCGCCAUGAAAAGUGGGAAUGCAAGAAACUCUCCUAGUGUGGACGAA